AUGGUGAAUGAGACAGUCACUAUGGAGCUGAAAAACGGGACGCAAGUGUCCGGAACAAUCACAGCAGUGGAUUCUUCGAUGAAUGCGCACCUGAAACAGGUGAAGGUUACUGUGAGGCACAAAAAUCCCGUCAGCAUGGCGUACCUCUCGAUACGCGGCGCAAACAUUCGAUAUGUCAUUCUCCCAGAUCAUGCGGAUCUGAAUAUCCUACUGAUCGAUGACGCCCCAAAGCAGAACCCGCCAAAGUACCCAGCAGGCAGUAAGAAAGCCAAGAAGGUGCGCUGCAAGUUCACAUGGCUGGCAGACAUGACCAUUCCUCAUGGCCCUUUGUACUUGUUGGCUGGCGCCGCUGUAACUUUUGCAGUCCAAAAGCUUGGAUGGCUUGACAUGGAGAUGGGGGGCACCAGCUUGGUAAAUUUUCGAGGCACCAGAGGCAUGGAUGAUGUGAGAGAUGCUCCUGAUGCAUCUGCUUGGGAUGGUUUGCGACAAAUCCUUCAGCAGUGGGAAUUUACAACCAACUAUGCUGUUGUGGUUGGCGAUGCCAAACAUGGUCGUCUCUUCACCUAUGAAGGCGGGAACUUCACUUUGAAGACCAAGAUCCCUACUGGCAGCACUAGCAAAUGGCCAUCGGCCAUGAUGUUUGCAGGCUUGGUGGAAGAUGGCUCGGUGGGUCUAGAUGAUCCAGUGCACAAACACCUCUCAUGGUGGACCAAAGACCCGAAGGACCCCCGGUCCACCGUGACUUUCCGCAUGCUGUUGAGCUUCACAUCAGGCUUCGGAGAUGGACACCCAGGUGAAGAGGCCAACACCAGAGCAGGUAGAGAAUGGCGACAAGCAAAUGGACGAGCAGAGCUCAUGUCUGCAAGGCGCUUGGCAGGAAAGGAGUGUGACUCUACUUCAGGGGACAUUCUGAGCUGUGGCAAGUACAUCUACAACAAUGUGAAGCUCAUCGGCAAGCCUGGGCAGGUGUACUCGUACAAUUCCAACCACUUGCAGCUGGCAGCAGCCGUGGCCGUGACCGUCACCGGGCUUGAUAUUCAGCAGGUAAUUCAGAAGUACUUGGUCGAAGCCUUUGACAUGAAGGAUAGCUCUUAUCCAGGAAGCUGCCCAGAUUUUGGGGGUGGAUUGUUCACCACCGGGGUUGACUACGAGAAGUUCAUGGCCGGCCUCUUAGCUUACAAGACAUUUAGCAAGGAGUUGAUCGAUGCCUCAGAGGUCGAUGCUACGCCCUUCUUGAAGGAUUACUACACUCUCUAUGGUGACUAUGGCUUUGGACACUUUUUGAUGUGCUUUGACAGUGUGAAAGGCUUUACUAAAGAGUGUGAGGAAGCUCAGUGCCACAUGGAUCCCGGGGCCUUCGGUUUCAUUCCACUCUACGAUCGGAAGAACAACUACUAUAUGCAAGUGGUUGCUGCCGAAAUUCCACCCACAGGCUCCUAUCCUUUGAGCGGCAUCCCCGAGUACUUGGCAGUCGGAAUUAAGCCACACGUUGAUGCCAUCAUGACAGGACAGGUAACAAGCAAUCCCAUGGAGCAGCUUUCGCACAACCCUCAAUUCCUCUCUUUGAGUAUGUCGGAUGUGAACUAUUGCUUGAACUGCAAGCUCCAUCCAAAGAGCUGUGGAGCGGAGCAGCAGCUAGUGGCAAAGAUGGUGGAGAGCAGCGUGAGGCUUGGCUUCUCACAGGAUCCUAGCACCUCUGCCUUUCUACAGCCGCCUCACGAGGUUUGGCAAGUACCACGGCCCCUGAAACCACCUGGAUGCCAUAAUAUUCCAGCCAGUGUGCUUGCCAAUCUGAUGGCCGGAUGUGGAGGUGAGCCUCGUUGGCCUAAUGUAUUGGUUCAGCUUUGUCGUGUUGAUAGGGAUGAACUCAUGGCACAAGGUAGCACCCCAGACAAUGAGCUGCAUCUCAACAGGUCACUGUUGACGGCGGAGGUGCUGGGUGAGUUCUGGCUUCCACCUUUGGCGCACAUGUUCCCGCAAGCUGGCUUGCCAGGGGACCCACCUGCGACGCCAAAGCCUCCUGCGUCACGGGCCUAUGUUCGAUCGCCUCGGAGUUUGAGAUCGCCCAGACCUGGCAAGCCAUGCUCGAAGAUUUAUCACGCCCGCAAAGAGCUGCGAUGUAGGCUUCGAGAGCCUGCUGUUGGAGCACACCAGCAAUAUUGCACCUGGGGUGCGGCCUUGCGAUGCGGCCAAUUUCAGUCAUGGCAGCUCCAGGCAACUGAUGAUGGCAAUGCCUUUCCCAAGGGGUGUGAUCAACACACAAAGGUAGCCACCGGCUGCAUGCGCCUGGCCGAUCUAUUGGCAGGUGCCAUGGGCUCAAGAUCCAGGUAUGCCGAUGCUGCACGCAAGCUUCGUUGGCGUGGAGGUGCCAUGACGGCUCUUGAAUUUGAGUAUUUCGCAGUGCGAGAACUUGGUUUGGACUUAGCAACUGCACAGAAGGCAUUUGCAUCUUCUGUGGAGGCGCAAGCACAAGCUCAGGCUAAGAACCUUGUUCUGCUAACCUCGCCCCUUGACAGCAUUGACGUCACAAUGCUGGCCAAGGCUUUGGAGGACUGCGCUCAAGAUUCCGCUGACCCCGGCUUUGUGCUAGAGGCCCGCCUUGAACUGGACUGGCAGUCUGUAGGUUUGGCAGGUGCAAAUGCAGGUGAACUGAGACUUUUUGCUGCAGAACUGCAGCCCCGUGAGCUGCCCAAGGACCCUGUGCUGGUGCAACUAAAUGCAAGGGAAGCUGAAUUGGGCUACGGCACAUGUGGCUAUUCUGCCCCCGGCGGCAUGGCCACCUUGAACAGAGUGCCCCCAGCACAUUCAAGCAGGCCUUACACGCCCCGGACUAUCAACUUGGCGUGUGCUGAGGAGACAUCAACUUUAAGCGGUGAGGACGGCUCUUUGCUUUUUCUCCGUUUUGGCCUGUGUGCAAGCCGUGAUGUGUAUCCAAAUGCCACUGGAGUGACACCACGUGGAAUGCUAGUGACUCCUCGACUCAACGCUCCUGAGGCAUCCUGGAUUGUUCCUCACAUUGUGUUUGUCUCCUCUGCGCUGGUUUAUGCACGACUUCCUGGAACUGGCGCGUGGUGUGCACGGAUGCCGCUGCAAGAAGAUGUUGGGGGAUUUGUUGUUCCCGUAUGCACGUGCGAACGACUAUGCCAUGCCCAGAGGGCUGCCUUUUCACUGCCUUGCGAGCCUCCUUCCAAGCUGACACCUGAGCCACCUCCGACAGCCCGAACUCGAAGGUGUGUUGCUCCUAUUCCGGAGAUGGGCGCGGAGAAAGGAAGGCCUUUAGUCAGAAGCUCAUCGGAUUCAACUUUGCCGUGCUCAAGUUGA